CAAGGAGGCAGCAGUGGGAGAGAGCGAGAUAGAGUGUAUGUGUGUGUGUGUGAAAAGGGCCCACUGUGACGUAUCCUUUCCCAUCCACCGAUCAGGAUAAAGCGCGAAGAAUCAGCAACCUUCCCUUGUGCAGCCAGCGCACCGGCACAUUCAUCCCUCUAUCCACCACCUACGAAACACUCCCAUCCCCCACCCCAUCGAUGAUAAUCAUGAUGCGGCCGAUGAUGACGACGAUGGUCGACGUGGUGUAAUGUGUUUCUGUGUGUGUGUGUGUGCUGCUGCUGUCUUGCUGCACAUCCUUCCCUUUUUGGCCGAUGCAUGCUGCGUGCAGAUGCUUUGCGGCCGUAGUGUGUUCUAUGCUGCGCGCUGGAGUGUAUCGGCUAUAAAGAAGUAGGCGGCUCACUGGGUGUGAGAUAACAGGGUGUGCAUGUGUGUGUGUGUGUGUGUGUUUAGUGUGGCGGAAAUAGAACGCGUCUCGGGCAAUCCGCCACCAAAAGCUAUUAUUGGAGCCUACCGAACGGUUCGUUACGGUUUGUGCCGUGCGGAGAGGCCGCAAGCCGGGGCGGGUGUCCAGAGUGUUAGCCAACCACAAUAAUAACACAAAAGUGAAUAACUGUGAUUGCAGUGAGUAAAGUGUCCGUGUGUCCGACAAUUAAAAAUAUAAAGAAACGGAGUGCAAGAAAAUAAAGUGUAAAAAUACAGCAAAUUUUGAAUCGAAAAGACACACUUUUGCCUCACAAAGGUGUGCAAGAGACAAGGCGUCUUGUUGGGCAGUGCUACAAAACUAAACAAAAACAUAAAAUCCAGCCUACUUUCUAUCAUUCGAAACGUACUUCCUACCAUUAGAAAGAGAAGGACAGAAGCUCAGUGCAAAGAUUCGUGUUAAGCAUCUUCCCUUGAGCGUUUAUGCUUUAGCUUUGCACAUCAUUGCACCAUCCCAAAGGACUCUUCUUGCUCUGGAAGGAUCACACUGACACACACGCUUCUACACACCACUUCAGGCCAUACCAACGGGAAGGAGCAGGAGAGGAUCUAGUGCCAAAUUUUAUCCGUUAAGAACCACCACGCCAUCGCCGUGAUGCAACGUGAUGCGAAAAGUGAAACAGAAACCAAUUUAGAGCAACGCUGAACGAUAAAAGCGUAGUAAAGGAGGAACAAACCAAGUACCGAGAUUGAAAAAAUAGCACACAGACAGAACGUCUUCAAGAAUAACACAGCACAAUCACGCUAACGAAGGACGGCGGGCGCGAUAUCAUUUGCAUCCCCCCCCCCCCCCCCUCAAUCUCUAGUCAUCUGAGAAAUACUGAGCUGUGCGGCGGAAACGUCCGGCAACAUUUCGUUCGAAGAAGCUAUCCGAUUACCGAAUCGACUGCCAAAUUUUACUUCAUUCCAGAAUUGCAACGAAGACUUCAACAACCUGAGAAUAAAACAAAACAAAAAACUCCCACUGAAGAAUUGUAGUCAAAUAAUACUGUGCCGCAUCUUCCAUUCGGGUGGUUCACAUUUGUGUGACGCUUUCGAUAUAACGGAUGCGCGGCAAGUAAAAAUAGAACAUCUCUGCCGUGGGAAAAAGCUACCAAAAGCAUCACCAUUGUGCUCUUCCCUUCGCUCGGUACUACUAUUAAUAGCGGAACUGGUGGAAGCCGAAACCGAGAGUCCUCCCCCCCCAGACCCCGGCGGCCAUUAUGCAGCAAGAGAAGAAGCUUCCUUGAUUCUUGCCAAAAAUACACUUAACCCGAUCCGGAGAGCGAGAGAGAGAGGGAGCACUCGAAACGAAAAGAAAGCCGGGGUGUAUCCUGGUCACGGCACCACAACCAUUCGCUUGCCGGGUUCGAUCCCACGGAAGCACAAUCUCGCACACACGAAGAACGCAAAUAUAAAAACGAAGAGCGACAGUAGCAGCAGCAGCUAGUGCAACAGAAUGGGUAACAAAACGUCCUGCUGCUCGUACACGAGUCCACCGCCGACGCGGAAAGCGAAGGAAGCGCCCGUCUUCGAGGAGCACAUGCCCGAGGGUGAACUAUCGGCGAACAAUCUGCAGCACAUCUCGGAGCGCGAGGGCGACGACGGGGAGCACGAUCCGUCGGUCGAUCCGUCCGCCGGCACCAUGUUCCUGGAGCGCUCCAAGCAAAGUCUCGAGAAUGGGAUGACGCGCAAAAAGUCCCAGCACCAGAUCGUACCGCAGGGCGGUGGUGGCCCUGGGAGUGGCGGUGGCGCUGGUGGUGGGGGUGGUGGUGGCGGUGGUGGAGGUGGAGGCGGUGGUGGCGGAAGCGGUGGGAUGUUGAAGAAGAGUAGCAGCUGCUCCACGAUCUACCUGGACGACAGUACCGUGUCGCAGCCGAACCUGAAGAACACGGUCAAGUGUGUGUCGCUCGCGAUCUACUACCACAUCAAAAAUCGUACCAGCGAGCGGCGGAUAGACAUUUUCGACGAGAAGCUGCACCCGCUGACGCGCGACCCGGUGCCGGACGAUUACGAUCGGCACAAUCCCGAGCACCGGCAGAUCUACAAGUUCGUCCGGACGCUGUUCAACGCGGCCCAGCUGACGGCCGAGUGUGCCAUCAUCACGCUGGUCUAUCUCGAGCGGCUGCUAACGUACGCCGAGCUGGACAUUGCGUCCUGCAACUGGAAGCGGAUAGUGCUUGGAGCGAUUCUGCUCGCGAGCAAAGUGUGGGACGAUCAGGCCGUCUGGAACGUCGACUACUGCCAAAUCCUGAAGGACAUUACGGUGGAGGACAUGAACGAGCUGGAGCGACAGUUUCUCGAGCUGCUACAGUUCAACAUUAACGUGCCGUCGUCGGUGUACGCGAAGUACUAUUUCGAUCUGCGCACGCUCGCCGAAGCGAACGAUCUGUCCUUCCCGACCGAGCCACUGUCCAAGGAGCGAGCGCAGAAGCUGGAAGCGAUGUCGCGCGUCAUGCAGGACAAGGCGACGGCCGAAGCGCUCAAGAAUGGGAUGAAGAAGUGGUCCUCGAUCGACAAUAUCCACCAGCAGGGCGGCAUCCGGCGCAGCGUGGCCAUCCUGUCGUGAUUUUCUUCCCGCCCGUCCGCGGCCCACACCCGUGGCUGGUAAUGGGGGUUUUUGCGCGCCGUCCCCGCGCUGUCUGAAAGGCAGCUUACGGUCGCUGCUAAAAAAAAAACAAAACUAAAACUUAGUUGUAAACUAUCGUCGUGUUAGAACGCAACGCUACUCUUACCCCCCUUAUCGCUACAUCUACACACACACACUGCACUGCGCACACACCGCUAUUGUAAUUACUCACACUCACUCACGUGCGUGGUAUGCGUGCGUUCUAGUGCUAUACGUUUGCUUCCGUGUCAGGAUUCCGUUUAGGAGGAGUAGAGGAAGUGUUUCAUUUGAAGACGAAGCAAUAGGGUGAACUCUGUGCUACUCUAAUGAAACGAUCCGCUUUUGUGCUCGAAUGGAGGAAGAUGAUCGUAAGCCGCUUGAGGGAACAGAAUUAGAGACGGCUACACAAGAUUUCGUUGGAAGUUUGAUCCAAAUCUGCAAAUCUGAUGCCAGAACAACCUACAAACCUCCAUUUCACUGCACAUGAUUCCGUUCCGCUUCUACACGAAAAAAACAAGAGAAUUUAUGAACAAAUUGUGUCAAUUUAUAAUAUUCUCCCAUGAAAAAAGCAACUCUGAUUGAUCCUACCUUGAGGACACCCCCAAAACCUUAGAGUGAAUGGCAAUGGAAGGCAAUAUUUUUCUACGAUACAUGAUUGCGCGGAUCGAAAACAACGAUUAAAUUUAGCAGGAGGCAAAAAUACGGAUUGGAAAUUGGGGAAACAGUGAGAUAACGCGUUGAUUUUUCGGCUCAUUGCAAUUUGUUGCAUAAUUUGGAUUGAAUUAUCAUCAGAGUGUUUUUUAAUUGUAUUUUUAAAGCUGCUUCUUAAGAAGCACUUAUUUGAGUUAGAAGCGUACUGCGUUUUGUACGCUACCGGCUUUCGUGUCGCUUUUUUAAUUGUUAAAUUAUUUUUAUUUGCAAAAUUAUUUUAAAUUUGUUUGAAAUCGUUUUUGUACAUCGUUACUCACCAGCGUUCGAUCCAUUUGGGCGACGACAUAACUGCCCCCCUUCGACAAAACUGCUUUUGCCUUCCAAUUUCACAAAGCACACCCUUUCUCCCCUCUUCCUCCUAUCUCUCUAUCUCACACUGCUGCCGUCACCGCCGACGCCGUCUAUACAAAUAUACUGAUAGGUAGAAUGCAUUUUCUAGUGAUAUUUCUUAAGAGUAACUACUAAACAAAGCUACACAAUAUUGUAUCUUGUAAAGCAACGUGGCGCGUAGCAUGGAGAUGGUUUGGCGCUCUACUUCAACUAUGAAAUGAACGAUUUGUAAAAAAAUGUGUCACGAAAGAAAAGAAAAAAAGAAUAGUAGAAAGUAGAAAUGAACCGCAUUACAACAACCUACACGGGCACUGCGCUAUUGCUAUUAUUCGUUCUCCCACAUACACACACACACUCACAAAAUCGAGUACUAGUGUAGCGGUAAAAUCUCAGCAUAAACAGGGUGUAAGGUCCACCUUUCUUCCGUUUUAAUGUGUUGUACCGAGGAAAAGGGGUAAAUGCUUUUUUAUAUAGUAACAGAAGAAAUUCAAAAGAAAAAAAAAACAAAAAACAAAAGAAGCGUGUGUUUGUGUGGAUAAGAAAAGAAGGAAAAAGAGCGAUAAAGUAAAUACAACUAAAGAAAUCGUAAUCAUUAAGGAAAAAAACAGGCAAAACACAAGCAACAAACGAAUGAAGGUGUAAAAAUGAGAUGAAAGUAAACGAAACAACUUACUAAUGCAAUAGAGAUGAGAAAAAAACGUAUACAAAGGUAGUAGCAAGUGCAAGACUUUUGAUUUUCGAGAUAAAUUGAGAAAUAGCAACAACAAAAAACAUAAGAUAUGAAACUCCGCGUAAGAAAAAUUGAGGAAAAAAUCCAGCGCCACCUUCAUGUCCUACACAAGGAAAAGGAAAAGGCCACACAAUUAAACGAAAUGACCAAACAAAAUUAAAUUUUACCAAAAACACACAGAAUAGGUACACGUCAGUAAAAGUAGGGAAAAAAUAGAGAAAAAAGUAGCAAAAACGUGGAGUUUUAAUUCAGAUGCCAACGAACGCGGAACGUAAUGUAUACAACAUGGGUUUUCUUUUCAACAUUGCAUGUUUUUUUUAUCUCUCCAUCGCUAGUCGAACAAAUGUCUUUUCCUCCAGAUAGCCAGACAAGGGGCUAGAGAGAGAGAGAAAAUUCGUGUGCUUACAAUAUAAGCAUACAACUGCUCUUGAUUUGCUGCUUUGUUAUCACCUUCUUCUUCUCACGCUUCACACUUCAGCUUCUAAUCUUAGUCACAUUCGAUGGGUUCACCACCAACUAAGUCAUGUAGGUUUUGUCUGUUUGCUUGUUUUAUGCUUACAAUUACCACCACCACCAAACCAAUUAGGGAAGAACGGGCGCGCGAAGAACGGGAACAGAACCCCACGACAAAGAUCAAUGUGAGUGUGGGAGAGAAAUUAAAAAUAAAUAAUAAUUUACAUUAAAAAAAAAACACGAGUCAGAGAAUCCCUCAAAUUCGGAAUUGUGGUGCGUGUGUUUGUUCCAGAACUUCCACGAUGGUAAAAAUCGAUGCGUAAAAUUUAUUCGAUUAGUGACGAAAACAAAAGCAUGUGUGUAAUUUAUGUAAAAAAAAACUGUAACUUCCAAUGAUAAUUUUUAUAUUUUGUUUGUUUUUUCCUCCACUUGUUGUUUGGUUUAUAUUCCGGAUAGGUAAGCACCCUCUCUACAGCACAAUAUAGUCAAAGGGCACGGUAUUAAACAGAAAAGUAAACAAAAUUUAAAUUUAAAAAGUAACGAAGUGUACGAACACUGAAGAAUUGUGGAGUCUCCGCGCACGAUGACUGAAGAUAAAAAAGCGGGCGAUAGCAGUAGACAAAAAAACAAACACGUUUUCGGUAACGGUAUUUUAGAACAAAACAAAAACGUUAAUAAAUGUGCGAGAAAAGGAAAAAACACACAAACAGAGAAACAUACACAACCCAUGUGUAGAAGAACAAGAAAAAUAGUCACUAGAAACAGAGCAAGAAUAAAAAAGCGAAAAGUUGUGUGUGUUAAAUGAAAGAGUAAAGAAAAAACAU